AUGGAAGAAAUUGAGGAUGAACUUGCGACGGAGGAGGAAAACAAACUGAUAAACGAGGAAUAUAAGACAUGGAAGAAGAACGCGCCGUACCUAUACGAUCUUGUUAUCACCCAUGCCCUCGAUUGGCCCAGUCUUACGUGCCAAUGGUUCCCAGAUAAAGCUCAGAAUUCCCAGAAGCCGUAUACAACGCACCGUCUGCUGCUCGGAACCCACACCUCUGGACAGGCUCAAGACUAUUUGCAAAUCGCCACUGUUCAGAUCCCCAAACGUGGAAACCCCUCCACUGGUGCAGACAAGCUCGAUCGUGCUGACUAUGACGACGAACGCGGGGAGAUUGGUGGCCACAGCCUUCCCCCAACACCCCGUAUUCAAAUUAUACAGAAGAUCAAUCACGAUGGCGAGGUCAACAGGGCGAGAUAUAUGCCUCAAAAUCCGGACAUAAUCGCCACUAAAACUGUUACCGGUGAAGUACUCGUCUUUGACCGCACAAAGCAUUCCAGCGAACCUGAGAGAGGCGGAGUCUGUAAACCAGACAUCAGGCUUGUUGGCCAACAUCGGGAAGGAUACGGUCUCGCUUGGAAUCCUGUCAAGGCUGGACGCGUCUUGGGCGCUUCUGAGGAUAUGACAGUCUGUUGUUGGGACGUAAAUUCGUAUACCAAAGCCAAGACCACCAUAGAACCCGAGACUGUAUUCAAGGGCCAUACGUCCGUUGUUGGCGACGUGGAUUGGCAUGCUACCCAGGAAAAUGUGUUUGCCAGCGUGGGUGAUGAUAAAAUGCUUAUGCUCUGGGAUACUCGGUCGCAUUCGGAUCCAACACUCAAGGUACAAGCGCACGACGCUGAGAUUCUGGCCGUUGCGUUCAGUCCUGCAACGGAACACCUUCUAGUAACUGGGAGUGCCGACAAGACAGUGGUCCUUCAUGACAUUCGUGUACCCACCAAGAAACUCCAUGUAUUCGAAUCACAUACAGAUGAAGUACUUCACCUCACUUGGUCUCCACACAAUCCCACCGUCUUCGCGUCAGCAUCAAGCGACAGGCGAAUUAAUCUUUGGGAUUUAUCCCUCAUUGGACAAGAACAGACACCAGAUGACCAGGAGGAUGGUCCCCCGGAGCUGCUUUUCGUUCACGGUGGACACACAUCGCGGCCUACCGAUUUCUGCUGGGCACCAGGUGAAUCAGAAAUUUGGACCGCAGCAAGCGUAUCAGAAGACAACGUUGUCAUGGUGUGGCAACCUACAAUGCGUGUCUGGGCUGGCGACGAAGUCAAAGUCGACGAGAAAGAGCUGGAGAGUGACGCGAUGGAAGGAGUAGAAAACACAGCCGCUGACAAGGGCAAGGCAAGCGCGAGCGGUGGAAGUCUAAGAAGCCAGAGCAUGAGUGUCAGUGUCACGUCUGGAGAUGAGUGA